AUGUAUAACUAUGAGACCCUCCAAAACGAUGACGAUAUUCGACUCAUUGAGCUCCCUCCUGCUGCCCUCGCUUUGUCUGGUAGCAAGCUGAAUAUCUCAUUACUGACCUUUGCGCAUCGAGACACUCCCAAUUAUGAAGCUUUGUCGUAUGUUUGGGGUGAUCCAAGUAAUCCUGUGACUAUUAAUGUCAAUGGGCAAGACAUGCUGAUUGGUCGAAAUUUGCAUGAUGCACUGACCCACAUUCGACAUGAACAUCAGUCUCGGAAACUCUGGAUAGACGCCAUCUGCAUCAAUCAGAGUGACAACAACGAGAAGUCAAAGCAGGUUUCGAGAAUGAGGGAUAUCUACUCUAAUUCUACAUCGACAGUCAUGUGGAUUGGAAUGCAAGACGGUCUACAAGCCCCAGUAUUGGAGCAUAUCCGAGAUAUACACGACUCAGAUAUAUGGAUGCCCAAAUCGGGACCGACUAUGCCUGCUCUUUCGGGCCAAUUGAUCCCAAUUCCUGGCCCGCUUCAGAUGAUGUUUGGCAAUGACAUGCUUACAAGUUUGGGGACACUUUGGGAUCAAACAUACUUUUCUCGGAGCUGGAUAACACAGGAAAUCGCUGUUUCGGCGCACUUGGUCCUUGUAUGCGGUACUUUUCAGUUUGAUUUCGAUCGACUUAUGGAAGUUUCUGAAGCCAUCUGUGAUCACUCCACGAUCAAGUUACGGAAUCACGAUUUGGCAGACAGCUUUAUAUCAAUAAGGCGAAACGUCCGACAACACAUCGAUGAGAUGGAGGAAACUUCAGGAUCGGAUGAAGGAAAGAACAACAACACUAGCGUCGAUUGCCGAUAUUCUUCGACCCUUCCUUACCUUCUCCAACUCUUAAGUGUCCGCAGGGAUCAGAAUGCAACAGACGCACGCGAUAAGGUCUACGCUUUCCUAGGCAUAGCUCGGGAUUCAAAAACCUUGGAUAUCCAGCCUCAUUAUUCAAUGUCGGCCAAUGAACUCUACACAGCCGUCGCGGCCAAACUGAUCGACCGAUAUGGCCCAAGCGUCCUCUCCACCUGCCAGCCAAAUUAUUCGACCCUAGGACUACCCUCUUGGGUGCCAGAUUGGAGUCAACCUUGGCGAGAUGGUAUAGAGAGAAGAGACAUAUUCGAGUGCGGAACAUCUCUCCAGAAAGAGGUGCGAAUGGAUACACAAGACGGUACCAUUGCUAUCUCUGGAAUAGUCCUCGAUGUUGUACGGGGCACCGAUGGUACGCCUUUCGAUACCUGGGGUCCCGAGCCAUGGAAGUUACUUGACAUGCCAGAUACUUUGGAGGAACAGAUGACAAAAAUAUAA